GCGGCGGGGCGCCAUGGCCGGCGGGGCCAUGGCGGGUGGCGGGGAUGCGCUCCGCGCCCUGCUCCGCGCCGCCAACGCGCUCCUGCGGCAACGCCGCUACCGCGCCGCGCUCGCCGUCAUCAAGGGCUUCCGCAACGGCGCCGUUUAUGGAGCCAAAAUCCGUGCCCCACAUGCCCUGGUGAUGACUUUCCUGUUCAAGAGUGGAAGUUUAAGGGAGAAGCUGAAAUCCAUUGCCCAGGCCACGUACGCUCACUCCCGGAACCUGGCCUAUUUUGUCUUCACCUACAAGGGGCUCCUGGCAGCCCAGGGGAAAAAAACCCCAUUUCAUUCUUUCCUCGCAGCCUGCAUUGGGGGCUGGCUGGUGUUUGGUGACAACAAUCCUGUCAACAGCCAGAUCAUCAUGUACCUGCUGUCCCGCAUCCUGUUCGGCUUGGCCCGCCUGGCUGUGGACAAGGGCUACAUCCCGCAGCCCAGGCAGGAUCCCUUCCCUCUGCUGGCUGCCCUGGUGUGGGGCACAGUCCUGUGGCUCUUCGAAUACCACAGGGAGACUCUGCAGCCCUCCCUGCAGUCCUCCAUGACCUACCUGUACGAGGACAGUGAGGUGUGGCACGACGUGUCUGACUUCCUCAUUUACAACAAAAGGACAGACAGCAAGUAGGUGCUUCAGUCUAAAACAUCUUGGAAUGGGAUGGGACUUCCCAGCAGCUGAGGGAACAGGUUAUUCUGUUUCUCAUGACCUGUCAAUUUUUUAAAGUAACAUCUGUCAAGCAGAGUUGACUCUUGUCUCCAGGCCAGAAUGUUUGGCUCCUUUUAGAGCAAGCACACACCCCAGAGAAACUUGUUGCAGUCUUUUUUAAGAGGCCUUAUUUUCCCUACAAGUGUGGCAUUGGGGUUUGUUCUUUAAAAACUAAAUAUAUUUAUAAUAUGACAGCCUGACACUAACUGAAGAGUAUGAAAACACAUUCUAGGGCUCAUCUGAAUGUUUACAAGUGGGUUUUUUUCUGUGCUGCUGUGCUCACUGUGGUGUGAUCAGGGGUGAAUGGAGUGGGGGACCUGCUGAGCUCUGAAAGCAGGGCCAUCAUUUCUUCAUUGCUGUGGAUGGCUGGGAAUCCUGUUUAAACUAUUACAGAGACAGUUGUAUGCUCCUUGAGAGAUUUCCUCUGCAGUUUUCCCUCAGGGAAACAAUAAAAUGUCUGAGAAUAGAGCUGUUAGGAUUGUCUUGUACAAGCCUGGUAAAUCAGGCUUGGAAAGACUGUUUUUACUUGGUUUCUUUCCUGCACUUGGUCUGAAUCUGAGCCUCUGCAAAGUGCACUAAUGAAUACCCUGUAAUUAUUUUAAACUUGUCUGUAAAGCUUUUAAAAGCUGCUUGAUCUAAAUACCAAAAACAGUUACACAACUUGAGCUCUAUGACCAGGCCUCAGAUCUCAUGCUGGGCACUUGGUGUGUCCAAGGGAGCAACAUUUCCCAAGCACUUUUAUUUUGGUGGAGCAUGACAAGGCUUUCUCUGAGGUCCAGAAUCUGCCCUCCACAGCAGUAGAAUGUGUUGGCUGUAACCAGAUUUGAAACUGAUUUUGUACUGUUCUGUAGUUUGUGCUUAAUUUAAUGGAUUAAUUUAUUAAUUAUCUUCCUCUCAAAAACACUCUGCUGAGUCCCAGGGUAUGGUAGCACACCCUGGACUGUAAUAGAAAAUUGACUAGAGAGCUGAUGAAGCACAAAAACUGGUUUAAUUAAUCAAUUAAUAAAUUCAAACUCCUCAUAGUGCAAAGCACUUACGUGCCAUACAACACUACACAGUUCACUCAAUGAUGUGCAUGGAAAGAAUUCCUGCCACACUGGUUUGAUGUGGUGAUAUUUCCAAGAGAAUCAUUAAGCCCUUUUGGCUCACUUGGGACUGUUUGGUUCACUUUCCCUGUAUCCACCUGCCCAUGGCAUUUCAUAAUCCUGCUAAUGCUCUCUUUGUCAUCUUUAGAACUCUUUACCCUCCAAGCUCUGGCAAUUUCUCCUAUUCAAUGGUACAGCUGAAACAGUACAUUUAACUUCAGGGAGCUUCUGAGUAGAAAACAAUUCUCAAUUUCUUCUUAAGUAAUUUGUCCUUCUCCACCUAAACUCCUUUAUUACUGUUGCAUAUAUUCAGAGUGCUGCUUUGCUCUUUAUUUUUCCACUUCCCUUUUCCAUGCAAAUCCAUGAUGUACAUGGUGCCCAAAAACCAAGAUACUACUUUGUCAUAAUAACUCUCUAUAAUCCCUUCAACUUCUAAUUCACUGCUGUUACAGUCUGGAGUGAAUAAUUGAAUUGGAACAUCCAUCAGACCCCAUGAAAACUGUAAAAUUAGGAAUUUGGUUUCUUUCUUUUGGUUAAAUAUUUUUCUCUGUAUAGAGAAGCAUAAAGGUUCAAUACAGAAAAACUGCUGAAGCUACAGGUGAGGUCUGAUUCCUUUAUAAAAAACAUCUUUCCUUCCACCACUGUUGGGUAUUUGAAGCAUCACAAUUUUUCUGUCAGAAGCCUCAGUAUUGUUCCAACCAAGAGUGUUGGUAUUCUCCUAAAAUUGCUGAAUUCCAGCAAGCUUGGAUGGGAUUUCAGAAAGCUGACAGCUGUGGCUUGGGAAUUGCUCCCUAAAACUAUUAAACUCACAAAUCCUUGACCAUGUGUAAUUAUUGCAGCAAAAGAAGCUGUGGGCUGGUUCUGUGAGCUGGGUGUCUCUGAGGUUUUGAUUUGUUAAAUUUGUGGCUGGUAUUUCUUUCUCUGAGAAGGGCCUGUGGUUCCCUUAGAGGUGGAAUAACCUUCCUCUGCUGGGCAUUGUACCACUGAUGCUGCUGGUGAAGCAGAGAAGGACAAGUGCCUUUCCUGACCUUUUCACACUGCUCUCUGUCCUCUCUAGAAAAUAAAUCCCAGCCAAAAAACAGCAUCUGCAAUCAGCCUGGCAGCAGUGACUGUGACUUCUCCUUGGUUCAGAACACCCUUUUUCUCUUGGGAAUCUCUCCCUUCCUAAGGAAACCAUGCCUGAGCCUGCAGCCAUCUGCAGAGGAGCUGCAGGAGGCAGCUGCCAUGCCUGGAAAAGCCCAGCUCCUCCCGGGAGCACAGCCCCUGGGGCUUUGCUGACCGUUGGUUUUCCUGCUGUGCUGGGCCAGGGCGUUAAGCUGCAAGUCACUGCUUUCCCCAGGGAAGUAAUUGGGACAGCUCCUUAAUGACCUCAGCCCCCAUGGCUGUUCCUGGGACCAGAGAGUGGGGAUGAGCCCCUUCUGCUGCCAAGGUGUUGGAACAAUGCAGGCGUGUAGUAGGGAAGUGAACUAGAAGUAAUUUGUCUGAGUCAGACUUUUGGGAUAUGUAAGUGACACUCCCUGCCCUCCCCCAGGGCAUUGUGUGGGGAAUGGAGUGCCACUGUUUGGGUUCCCUUUUUAUUAGCAUUAAAAGCAAAAGAAAUAAAGAGACAGUUGGGAAGCCACCUGCGAAUGGCCAAGUGCUUAAGGAUCACAAAAAAAGGCACAUUUUCUCCCCCCAGCCCCAAAUGGGUUUGAAUUUUAAGAUGAGCAUGGGGUUGUUUGUCUAGCAACUUUAUUUUCCCGUUAUUUCUUCCAUGACACCCGACUGAUGCUGGGUGUCUCCAAAGAGGAGCAGAGUGUCUUAAUCUUAGCUCAGUUUGUCAAAAGUGAGAACACUGGAUAAAAUUGAAGUGUUUAACAUGAUGCUUCUCCCUCAGAUUUUAAGCCUCUCUUAGAGGCAGUUUUAAAGGUUAAUGAAUUGAUCAAAAGUUUUUAGCAAUUCUGAGCUUUUCAAGCAGAGUGACUAUCCUGGGCUAUUAAUCAUUUAUUUUAUGAAGGAACAAAGCAGGCUCAGGGUUAUUUACUGCUGCUGCCUGCUGCCCUGGCAUACCCACUGUGCUUCCCAUCCCUUUGGAGGACAGCUUGUGUGCUGGAGCUGGCUCUGGAGAUGGCUGGAGAACCCUUUCCGGGACAAUUGCAUUAUUUAACAAAGGUGAAAAUGAGACAGCUGCCUGACAUUUGGGCUAGGAAGGUUUUCUGGGCUGUGUUUGGUGCUGGCAGUGAAGGAGAGGGUAUUUGUGAGAGCAAAACCUGUGUUUGGCCACGCAGUGCUGCAGAGGAGGGCUCGAGGAGGCUGGGGCUGCUGGAGGUGUGACCCUGUGUCUGUAACGGGACAGUGCAUCUGUGCUGGCCACCACCCCUGUGUCUGUGCAACAGCCACAGAACUGCCCCUGUGCAGGGCAUUUGUCAGAGAAUUGUGGGAUGCUUCAGGUUAGAUGGAACCUUAAACAGCAUUCCACACCUUCCUCUAUCCCAGGAGGCUCCAAGCCCUGUCCAGCCUGACCUUGGACACUUCCAGGGAUCCAGGGGCAGCCACAGCUCCUCUGGGCACCCUGUGCCAGGGUGGAGAGGGCGCAGAGAAUCUUUGAUAUUGGUGCUGUGAGACUUUCUGCCCUGCUGGAGUGGAUCAAACUCUGCUUUACACCCAGCUGGGUGUGGGUGGAAGAGCAGAGAUGAUCCCUGGCUGCUGAAAAUGACCCAAAGCAGGGCCUCCCUGUGCAGCUGGGAGCUGCCAUGGCUGCCUGGUGCUGCUGGAGCAACCAGAACCCUGUGCAGAUCCCUCACCCCAGAGAAGCUGCUGGGACUCCAACUCGUUUUCCCUGCAUCAGCACAAAGGUGACCUUUGGAUAAUACCCCAAGCUGUGUGCUGCUCCCUGUUUGUCAGGCUGUGUUUGUCUCUCUGGCUCAUGCCAGCCUGAAGCAGAGUGUGUUUUCCGAUGCUGCUUUUGAAACCAAACAGAUAAGGGAGGAGGGAAAAUAAGGCGUCAUGUCUGUCUGCCACUGUUAAUAUUUUUGGGGUGUUAAUCUUGAGUUUUCAACCUGUGUGUUCCUACCAGAUUGGUGGAGGAGGUAACUUUUUUUUUUUACUUAGAAAAAUUUUUGUGUUUCUGCUGAUGAGGAGGGAGAAAAACAAACUAAAAGCUCUAUAAUGCAGGUAUUAUUACCUCUGCUUUUGAGAUAUAUUUUGUAUUCAUAAUUGCCGUGUAAUCCCGGCCCUGAUUUUCUGACAGCAUAGAAUAAACUAAAGAACAUAAACUCAGGUAACUUACGUGACAGUGAUCAGAAUGCUUGUAGAAGUAUCUCAUAUUUUGGGUUUAAAACAAUAAAAAGAGAGGAUGGGGUUGUUGAUGUGGCUCUGUCCACUAUGCAUCACCUUCUUGUGGUCAUUAUUUCUGUAUAAUCACUCUUUGAAUAUUACAGUACUGUGCUUUGUCUACAAAUAAAAAUCCUAAUUUUUUGUCUUUUA